GCCUGGGCGUAGUACCGUUGCGGCUGCAGCAGUCUGUGGUGGCGGCGCGCCGGGGCUGGGAGAGGCGCCGCUAUGGCAGAUGAGAUCAGCAAAGCUCAAACUGCCCAGCCUGGAGGAGACACGAUCUUCGGGAAAAUAAUUCGCAAGGAAAUCCCAGCCAAAAUCAUUUUUGAGGAUGAUCGGUGUCUUGCUUUUCACGACGUUUGCCCACAAGCCCCAACUCAUUUCCUGGUAAUACCCAAGAAACCAAUUACCCAAAUUUCUGUAGCAGAAGAUGAUGAUGAAAAUCUUCUUGGACACUUAAUGAUUGUUGGCAAGAAAUGUGCAGCUGACCUGGGACUGAAAAAAGGAUACCGAAUGGUGAUCAACGAAGGCGCAGAUGGGGGGCAAUCUGUUUAUCAUAUCCAUCUGCAUGUCCUUGGAGGGCGUCAGAUGAAAUGGCCCCCUGGAUAAAUUGUUGGAAUGAAUUAUUUAGGGAACAAGGCAAGUUUACUGUAUAUGUUAAACUGAAUAUACUUAAUGUUUUCUGUGAAACAAGAAAUUGGGAAAUCACUUCAAAAUGUAUACAAUAAAAGACAGUUACCUGUU